GGCGGGAUGCCACGGCUGAUGGCCCCUUGCCGGAGAUAGGCAGCGCUCGGUGGGGCUGCCCGGCUGCCCCCCACGGUGGGAGACCCCCAGCCCAGCCGGUGCUGCGGCCAUGGAGGGCUCGUCGGUGCUCAGCCCUUCGUCAUGGGAGAGGCGGCGUGCGUGGGCCAGGCAGAGCCGGUGCUGGCGGACCACCGUGGUGGAGGAGGAGGCGGCCGCCGCCAUGCAGGAUGUCCCCGAGCUGCAGCCACCCCAUUUGGAUGACGUCUUCCUCGAAGGAAGCCCCUCCAGCAAGAUAGAGACGUGGCUGCAGGAGUGCGGGUCAUCGGUGGAGGUCCCACCGGAGGAGCUGGGCUUGCCGGGCCCCUACGUGUGUGGCAGCAACGGGACCAGCUUUGAGGAUGACUUGACCCUGGGAGCUGAAGCUCUUUUGCUACCGAGGAGUGACAAGGCCAUGGGCAGAGUUCUGCGGGACAAGCACCUCAACCUGGGGCACAGCAUGGCGUCCAGUGCCCUCUCCAGCCUCACCACCAAGACCAGCUCCAGCAUCUCCGAGGUCCUGGAGUGGUGGGAGGCGGACGCCGAGGAGAUCCUCUACAACCUGGGCUUUGUGCAGAGCGAGCCGGAGGCCGUGGCCCGCAUCCCCGCACGCUUCUUCUCGGCUCCUUCCCGUGCCAAAGGCAUCGACUUCCAGCUCUUCCUCAAGGCCCAAGUGCGGCGCAUGGAGAUGGAGGAUCCCUGCCUGAUGCUGGCCAGUCGUUUCCAGCAGGUCCAGGCUCUGGCUGCAACGGCCGAUGCUUUCUUCUGCCUCUACUCCUACGUCUCGCGGACCCCCGUGCAGCGCAUCUCCCCCUCCCGCCUCGCCUGGGCUUGUACCGACGUCCCCAAUAUCCGCAUCGCUCCCACCCAGCCCAGCACCCUUUCGCCCGUGGAGCGCCUGAAGAAGGCUGUGUCCACCAUGUGCCUCUACACGUCCCCACGGGAUGAGGACAGCCCACGGGGGACCAGCCGGCUGCCCACCGUGCCCACCAGCCAGCCCAGUGCCAUGGGGAAGGUGGUGCAGGAGGUGCUGGAGCGGGCGCGGGAGGAGAGGUUUCGGUUCGAUCCGGCCGAUGUCCUUGAGGGCUGGGGAAGGGACGGGGAUGCGGGGAUGGCGCAGCACCGGCGGGGAGCAGAGGGGUCCCCACCGGUGUCACCGUCACUGCGGCUGGUGCAGGGUGUCCCUGCGUGUCCCGAUCACGGUGGUGUGGAUGCCCCGACGUGCUGCGGAGGGGAGCGGGAGCCAUCCCCGAGGCCAGCCCCAGCGGGGACACCGGUGGGUGCUGCACGGGGACACUUGGAGCGGUCCUGUCCCCAUGGCGGGGGGAGCGGUGACAGCCCUGCGGGGGUGGCUCAGGGGGCCGGGGAUGCUCCGUGCCCCAUGGGAGCAGGACGGAUCAGCACGGAGGAGAACCAGCCGGACACUGCUGCAAAUGUCACCUUGUCCGCAACGCCGGCUCCCAUGGCCCCCCACUCCGGCCAGAUAUGGGUCACCCCUGAGCACCCAGAGGGGCUGGGAUCCGAGGGGGACUCCGGCUUCGGCUCCGGCUCCUGGGGGACCUUGCCCAGGAGGAAGGCAGGGUACCACGGGUGCCAUCCGGGUGACCCCCUGGACCCCGCUGGGGCACAUUCCCCCAGCUCAGACACACCAAGAGCUGGAGGUCACCGGGCUCGGCGGAGCAGGGGCUGGCGCCGGGGGGGACCCCUGAAGGACACCGGGUGGCAACAAGGCGAUGCACCGGGGCUGCAGACCCUUGGGAAGAGCCCCUCACCCCACCGUCCCAGCUGGCAGGAACCCGUGGACUCCUUCGAGAUGGAGGAGGUGCUGAGCGCCAGUGAGGAAGAUGAUGAUGAUGACGGCGAUGCCCGCAAG